AUGGAGGGCGGCUCGCCCUCGGCGAUGCAGGGCGGCCCGGGGCCUCCCGCGCCCGCGGCCGCGGCGGCCGCGCCGGCGGCGUACGCGCUCCGGCACCCGGGGCUGCCGGACGCCCGCGCCGAGGACGUCGUGAGCCCCGCGCUGGCCGAGGCGCUGCGCGGGCGGGGCGGCGGCCUGGCGGAGAUCCGGGCGCUCGCGCGGCAGGAGUUCGAGGACGUGUGGUCGCUGCCGCUGCUCCGGCCAGAGGUAUCGUGCGGCGCGCAGGAGGGGGCCGGCGCGAGGCGGGAGGGCUUCUCCGGAUGGGGCCUCGGAGAAAGCGGGAGAGGGCCGCUGCUUCGGAAGCCCCCCCCUCCCGCCGUCUUCGAGGGCCCCCCGCCACCCUCCCCCCUUUCUGCGAGCCGCCGAGGCUGGUGGGCCUGCUCUUCGCUACGGUGGGGGCGUCUGAUCAGGCAUGUGCCCAGGAGGCUUCAGACCCUGGAGGACUGUUUGUCUACUUCGGGCGGCGGUGAUCUCCACUGCCGAUCCGCGAUUGGACCUUGCAAGCCCAUGGCAAGCCAGCGUCCGCGGCGGCGACCAGGGCGGCGACGGGCGAGCAGCGGCCGAGCCCCCGGCACGCUCAGCCUGCGGAGGCACCGCCAGAGGCCAGCCGCCCCCCCGAGCUGCAGCGGUGGGCGCUCGAAGGGGCCCACCCCGCAUGCGGCCAGCUGCUCGAGGAGGCGGACGCUUUCCAGGCCUGGGCGGCCCGCCAGGGCGUCCGCUGCCCCGGGCUGCUGCUAA